CUAUAUCAGCAGGUCCCGUGAGCCCGAAGAGGCUCAGUACAGAACAUCGCAAGCAACUUGCAUAAUGACGGGGAAAUUUAGUGGUGCAGACGAGCCUUAAAACGGGGAAACAGGAGGAACAUUCCAGAUGCAACGGGAGUGUUUGUAGAGGACGGGCGCAGGUAGCGAUUCCUAACUGAACGCCAUCCAGUAACGCGAGUUGUUCGCUGCAAUGGGCUGCGGAGGAAGCAGAGCAGAUGCGAUUGAAUCGAAGUAUGACGAGAGUUGGACCAGAGAGACCGAAUCGACGUGGCUGACCAACACGGACACCGAGACCCUUCCAACGGGCAUAAACAAUAACCACAACCACAAUAAUAACAAUUACGAGUGUGCGGACAGUGCCCGUCUCAUGAAGGAAAACACCACGAUAUGCGCAGGUAAGGUGGCUGGAGGUGGCUCCUCCCAGCAGAGGAGACAGGAGGCGAACCCUGUGACAGAGAGUGGGAAGCAGCCUAUCAGCUCCAGCUCCACCUCCACCAACCAGAGGCAGGCCCCCUGCGGAGAUGAGAAGACAAAGAGGGAGUCCAGGAAGGUACCAGCUAUGGACAUGAGGUUCUCCACAAAGGAGGUUACCCCAGCAAAGGGCACCCAACUGACCAGCAGGGUGGAUAUUGCACCUAGACAGAGAGGGGCAGAGUGAGAGGGACAUGGGGUGGGUAGGCUGGAUUGGGAGAUGUGUUAAUCCCAGUACCCAGCACACUGAAUGAAGCAGCAGACCCCUAUUUACCCACUAUUUACCUUCACUUCUGGUUGUCACAGGAUGUCUGUAGAAUCACCAGGGGGCGUAAUUCUUAUUUUAUGCAUUACAAACAUAAGUCCUCAAGUAACUCCUACCAUAAGACAGUUUUCAUCAGCAACUCCACCCAUGUAAAUUUCCAUGACAACAUGAGUCACGAUGCUUAAGCCAGGAGCGUAGGGUGGAGAUGGCUGAGGUAAGAGCUUCAGCUACUUUUUGGAUGAUGAUGGGGUGCUGUGGAGUCUUUUGUGAAAGCAAAUUGGAUUUAGAGCAGAAAAGGAUGGUGAAACAGGAAAUGCCUUUGAGAGGGUCCUGCCUACUCACAAACAGAGCAGCUGAACCAUUUCAAAUCAUUCAUACCUGCGUGCAAGCCAACAAAAUACCCAUUUCUGAAGGUAAAAAAGUGCUUUAGAAUUUCAGAAACUAUAUCACAUAGACGUCAUCACUUCACAUGGUUAUUUGUUUGGUUUAUACAAAAUGACAGCUAUUGCAGGCUGUUGAAAAGAUGGGCUAGAAGGAAAAUGAAAAAUGCACUUUCAAGUGUCAGUGAAUCCUUACGACGAGUAAUUGUGUUGGACUUGCGAGAGGCAUGUAAUUACACUGCCUGACCUAUUGUGCUGACGAAGAGCAUGUGUGAGUGUUCUCAGGUCUGACGCUUUACAAUCUGUUCCUUAUGGUAAUGUUGUGCAUAUUAACAACAUUCUGUCCGUUGCAUCUGUUAUGUAGGUCAGCAAUAUCCAGAUGCAAAGAACUGAUCUCCCCAUGGAAGUUCCAAGACAGAACAGGCCCUGACAGGGCCUUCUGGCCUGCUGUGUUGCACAGUUACUCACUGGAUAAGAUUUCAAUACUCUGCACACAGUGUCUUUAUUUAAAUGCCCAUGUGCGCUUCACUGCUCAUACGUCUCAUUAAAUAAUGUGGGGAGCCCUACUGGCAAUGUUACAAACUACUGUACACUAUGCACUUUUUCAGCAUUCAAUUUCCCUGUGUCUAUAAUUGGUGCAUGGUUUUGGUUAGAGACUUUCAGUAAGUAUCCAUGCAUGUGAUUAUUGUCAGUGAUUUAGGUUUGUCCUGUUUACAUCUCUUAACAUGAGUGGAAU